GUCCGAAGCCCAGCACGGUAAACUAUUCCGCCUUCGUUUCCUGUCAUCUGCCCUUUUGGGGCCUGUCCGCCUGUCCCUACUUCGGGGCAAUGAGAAGAGCGGGCCGGCCUAGGCGAGGAAGCGGCAAAGAGUCGCCGCCUCUCAAUCUCGCCAGUGGCGGGGGCAAUAGCCGCGGCAGGCGAGCUCCUCCUUCUCCUACGCGCCUGCCACCUCAGGAAGAGAAGUAUCAGGGCCGAAGCGGAGAUACAGAGCCCGAUCGCGAACCAACCGCUGCUGUCUUCUUACUCCGCGGGCUGCAACAGUCACUGGGGAGGCAGCUUCCCGGUGGGGCCUCUCCUCAGGCAAUGAAGAGGGGAGGACCAGGCAGGAAAGGGACCAAAAGCGACUCUCAGAAGCAAGCGAAGCGGGACCGCUUGGCCCACGAAUUCGGCGAGUGGCAAGACUGGCUGCGCGAUACUCUGAGAGAAACAGGAUUCUUUAUUGCAAGAACAGAUAGCAAAAUAUGGCUUACACUUAUAAUGGCUGCUAUUGCAGGAAUCCUUCACUGGUAUCACAUAACAACUCUCUUUGAAAAUGAUCGUCACUUUUCUCAUCUUUCAACUCUGGAACGGGAAAUGGCAUUUCGAACUGAAAUGGGUCUUUAUUAUUCCUACUUCAAGACUAUAGUUGAAGCACCAUCAUUUUACAGUGGAGUUUGGAUGAUUAUGAAUGAUAAUCUAACUGAAUAUCCUCUUGUAAUAAACACACUGAAAAGAUUUAAUCUCUAUCCAGAGGUUGUGUUAGCCAGCUGGUACCGCAUAUAUACAGGGGCAAUGAAUUCUUUUGGCAUUCAGACACAAAAGUGUUGGACUGUGAAUAGAGGGGAAGGUCUGAGUCCUGUUGAAAGCUGCGAAGGAUUAGGAGACCCUGCUUCUUUUUAUGUGGCUAUGAUAUUUCUUCUAAAUGGAUUGAUGGUGUCAGUUUUCUUCCUAUAUGGCACAUAUCUAAGUGGGAACAGAUUUGGAGGGUUACUUACAGUGGCAUGCUACUUUUUCAACCACGGGGAGAGUACUCGUGUGAUGUGGACUCCUCCUCUUCGUGAAAGCUUUUCUUAUCCCUUCCUUGUGGUUCAGAUGUUAUUAUUAACGUACAUUCUCAGGAUGCAGAACGUUAAUAGAAGAAGCUUGAUUGCACUAUCUGUUUCUAAUGUUCUAUUCAUGCUUCCCUGGCAGUUUGCUCAGUUUGUUCUUUUAACACAGGUAGCAUCUGUUUUUGGUAUAUACAUUUUGGGAUUUAUAGAUUCAGCCAAACUACAGAAGAUACUUUAUGCACAUAUGGUAUCACUUGCUGUAUGCUUUGUCUUUAUGUUUGGAAACUCUAUGUUGAUGACAUCCUAUUAUGCUGCCUUUUUGAUAGUCAGCUGGAGUAUUCUGGAACUGGGCCCUAAGUACCUGAAAUUGUAUACUAAAAAUAUUCCUUCCUGGGCUUUGGAAGGAUUUUCUUGCCUGUUUGGGACAAUUAUCUUGAAAUUCUUGAUGUGUCUAAUAUUUGGAAUAUCUGACGAUGUCCAUAUAAGUAAUUUGUUAAAAGCAAAACUUACCGGUUAUAGAGAUUUUGAUACAUCAAUGUAUACUUGUGCUGUGGAGUUUGAUUUCAUGGAAAAAGAGACUCCAGUUAGAUAUAUGAAGACGCUUCUGCUUCCAGUAGUCCUUAUUGUUUUUUCAGUAAUUGUUGUAAAGGCAUUUCAAUGUGUUAUGCUUAAAAAGAAAUCCUCUGAAAGACAGGAGUAUUAUUUUAACCAGGGUGAGAUCGUAUACCAUGCAUUGCAACUCAUUUUUUUUACUAUACUUGCCAUUUUAAUAAUGAGACUAAAGUUGUUUCUGACUCCACAUAUGUGCAUUAUGGCAUCCUUGAUAUGCUCAAAACAGUUGUUUGGAUGGAUUUUUUGCAAAAUCCAACCUGGAACACUUGUUCUUGCAAUUUUGGCAAUGAUGGCAUUUGAGGGAAUAGCAAAUCUUCAAAAAGAAUGGAGUAUUGUGGGAGAAUUUAGUAAUUUGCCCCAGGAAGAAUUACUGUUGUGGAUAAAAGCAAAUACUAAACCAGAUGCUGUUUUUGCUGGUGCAAUGCCCACAAUGGCAAGUGUAAAGCUAUCUGCACAACGACCUAUUGUGAAUCAUCCCCAUUAUGAGGAUGCAGGUUUACGGGCAAGAACAAAAAUCAUUUAUUCCAUGUAUAGCCGAAAAUCCGCAAAAGAAGUUAAAAGAGAACUAUUAAAGAUGGGAGUAAAUUACUACAUUUUAGAAGAUUCUUGGUGCCUGAGGCGAACUAAGCCUGGUUGCAGUAUGCCAGAAAUUUGGGACAUAGAAGAUCUUACCAAUGCUGGGAAAAUUCCUUUAUGCAAUCUCAUGUGCAAAGAUUCCAGGCCAUACUUCAGGACAGUGUUCAACAAUAAUAUAUUCAAAAUAUUGGAAGUUACCAGAGAAUGAUUCUUCACUACUGUAUCAUUGUUGGCAGUAUAUGUUUUAAACCAGCAUUUUAAAAAAAUCUGCUUGAAUUCCAUUAAAAAAUAAAAAGAAUUUAUGUUAAUUACAGGUACUGUUAGAUUUGACUUGCAUUCCUGAGAAUUCAACACACAAGGUUUUUUUUUCGUUUGAAGCAAUUGAAGCUGUGUACCCAUGUCACUGGAUAAGAUCCUUAGGAGUCCAACUGUAUUUAUUGAGAAGUAAUGUCCAAAAAAGAUGAAAAUAAUUUUAGUUUGGAUCUGCAGGUGUUCUAAGAUUCUCAAUGGAAUACCACUCUUUAAAAUGUGAACAGUUUGGCACAAAUUUGUCUCUUUCUGGGACAGUUAUUUAAAAUUUGCUAUGCAAAUGUUUAUUGCAUUUCAACGCUUCUUAAUAAAUACUGAUCCUAAGAAAGAGAGCAAAAAUAUUUGUAGAAAAUAAUGCCAAAAUCAAUGAAAUUGUGCAGGCGAUGAUUCCUAGCAAGAGUGUUGCAAUUUUAAACCCUGAACAAAUAAGAGUUGACAAAACCUAAAACAUUUUCUCACAUAUAGUCAUCAUUAUAUUGCUAAUUCAAUUUUCUUUUCAUGCUUCUCCUUUCCAAAUAAGCAUAGUUUUGUGGGGGGAAAAGGAUGGUUUCCAUGACCCUAUAUUAGCAUAAAUUGCUAUUUACUUUAUUAAAACUGAAAAAGUUCACUUAUUACAACCUAUUUAUUUGUUCUGCUUUAAAAUUCUGAGUACCUUAAAAUUUACAUUGAGCCAAAUGAUACAUAACAAGAUAGAAUGCUUCUAAAUUUUUUUUUAUCAAAACUGAGAAAGCAUUAUAGUAUAUGUGAUUAAUCUUUACUAUUCCUUUCUUUUUUCUUUAUUUUCUUUUUCUUUCUUUUUUGAUAAAAUAUUACAUCCAAACCAGAAUUCCUGGUUUGUUGUUUUUUAAGAAGCCAAACUUAGAAUCCAACAUUUAUUCUUGGCUUGCUUAUUGUCUUGAAUCCAAUUCCAAGGAAUCCUUUUCUGAAUAGUUUUUUAAACACUUUCACUGGUAGCAGAAACAGUUGAGAAGUAAACCACCCCGAUAUAUAUAGAAAGAGUAUAUACGCUUUUUCAAUAGUUACUAAAAUAGGACUGCUGAAAUUCAUAUAAAUUUAUCUGAAUUUUUCUACUAUUGACAUGCUAUGAUAAACAAAAUAAAGUUACUGCCUGUGUUAAUCUUUUAAAAACAGAAAUUUUCCAGGAAAAUUGUAUUAUUUUGCCUUAAUGCAAUAAAGGAUCAUCAUUAGUCCUUGUAGAAAGUUUAAUAUAAUAGGAAAUAACAUGUAUUCUCUAAGAAAUAAAUUGUACCCACUUGGGAAAAUGCAGUGUAAAACAAUUAUGCUUUUGUGUUAUUCCAUUAUACAUACACCUUAGAGUUACUUUAUACCACAUAAAUUCCAAUACUGCAGCAAAUGUUAGGUAAGUUAAAACCGCAUUCUCAGCCUCAUUUUUAUAAAACCCUUUUAAAACUUCAAAAAUACUGUAGUCAUUUCUGAUUACCUGUACAGAUGAUGCAAAGCUUCAAAGCUUGGUUGCAGUUUACUUUUUUGUCCGGUACUAUAGACCAUGAUUGUAUACAUUCUGUGUGUGUUUAAAACUGUUGAAAAACCUUACAAGUUGUUUAACUGAGAAUGUUAAUGUAGGGGUUUUUCCCCCUUUCAAAGCACAAAAGGGUAAAUUUAAAAUGUAAAGAAAUGUAUUUCCUAUUGAGGAUUGAAUCGUAAACUAAGAUCCAUUCAAAAGGCAGGAAAUUGGAGUCAUUAUUUUGUACUUAGAUUAUACUGUAGAAUAGAAAAUACUGUAUUUUUAUUGAUUUUAUGCCAAUUGUUGAUGUUCACUUUCAAAUAAAAGUUUUGUUCAUAA